UCUCCAUGGAGACCGCUAUUUACACGACGCCAUUUUGGUUGUUGAUGCUACACUUUGUUUCCACGUCAGUGUUGACAUUUCGCUGUUUAUCCCGCACGUAUCUCACGUUCUGCACGAUGUAUGCUUCUGUUGCUUUGGCCUAUCAUCAAGCUGUGGACGAUCUCCACAGGUUUAGGACCUACCAGGCCCCCGUCUCCCAAAAGUCUCUCCCAGUCCCUGAUCCUCGUUCUGGUGUCUUCACGAUCACCGUCAACCCCCUCUACUCCCUGCCCGACCCCCUGACCUCCCUCCCCGUCCCUGCCUCCAGAGCCCGUCCUCAAGUUGUGGAGAUCGAUCUUGCUGAAGAAUCCAAGCAGCCCCAGUCGUGCUCGGCUGUCCUUGUGUCUUGUGUGAAGUACAUGUUCCAGAGUUUCUUCACACAGACAUAGACUUUGGAUGUGUGUGUUGUGUUGUGUGAACUGCUAGUU